CCUGAUAAAAUACUUGUGUUAUCAGUAUAGUGUGCACCGUCGUGAAGUGUGGCAUAUUGUGACAUGUCUCUGAAUCAUUAUCAUUAGACUGGUGUAUUUUAUGGUUUCGUCAUGGCAUAUCCGAUGUAUGAAGUUGAUUGGAGUGUCUUGCCGCCAGAUCAGAAUAGACGGUUCAACCCGGCAUUUAACAUAGCCACAAUAAAACAAGUGGUAAACGAGGCAAUAGAAAGAGUGCGGACGCCCACGCCGACGCGGCUCAGGGAUCUCAUCAGGCAGAUCAGGGCUGUCAGGACCGCCGCCGAGGAGAGGAGCGUGGUGAACAAGGAGUGCGCAUAUAUACGGUCCACGUUCAGGGAGGAAGAUAGUGUUUGGAGAUGUCGGAACAUAGCCAAACUUCUCUACAUACACAUGUUGGGCUACCCGGCCCACUUCGGCCAGUUGGAGUGCUUGAAGCUCAUCGCCAGUCCAAGGUUCACGGACAAGAGGGUGGGCUACCUCGGCGCUAUGCUGUUAUUGGACGAACGCCAGGAUGUUCAUUUGCUGAUCACCAAUUGUUUGAAAAAUGACCUGAACAGCAACACCCAAUUCGUGGUCGGCCUUGCUCUGUGUACACUCGGCGCCAUCGCGUCACCAGAAAUGGCGAGGGACCUCGCAUCCGAAGUGGAACGGCUGAUCAAGUCACCGAACGCUUACAUCAAGAAGAAGGCGGCUUUGUGCGCCUUCAGGAUUAUAAGGAGAGUUCCAGAUUUGAUGGAGAUGUUCUUGCCGGCCACCAGGAGCUUGUUGACUGAGAAGAAUCAUGGUGUCCUUAUCACCGGAGUCACGCUUAUCACGGAGAUGUGUGAAAACAGUCCUGAUACGCUCAACCAUUUCAAAAAGAUCGUUCCAAACUUGGUGAGGAUACUGAAAAACCUCAUUUUGGCGGGAUACUCGCCGGAGCAUGACGUCAGCGGUGUUUCGGAUCCAUUCCUACAGGUAAAAAUCCUCCGCCUCCUAAGAAUACUCGGCAAAAACGACGCCGAAGCGUCCGAAGCUAUGAACGACAUCUUAGCCCAGGUCGCCACCAACACGGAGACGACCAAAAAUGUUGGCAACACCAUCUUGUACGAGACGGUGCUCUCAAUAAUGGAUAUAAAGAGUGAGAGCAGUCUGAGAGUGCUCGCCGUCAACAUACUGGGAAGGUUCCUGUUGAACAAUGACAAGAACAUCAGAUACGUGGCGUUGAACACGCUGCUUCGUACUGUUCACGUCGACACGUCAGCUGUGCAGAGACAUCGGAACACUAUAUUGGAGUGUUUAAAGGAUCCCGACGUGUCGAUCAGGCGGCGGGCCAUGGAGCUGUCAUUCGCCCUGGUCAACGGUCAGAACAUCAGGAGCAUGAUGAAGGAGCUCCUCUCGUUUCUAGAACGUUCCGACCCCGAGUUCAAGGCGCAUUGCUCCAGCGCCAUGGUUUUGGCGGCAGAGAGAUACGCGCCGUCUAACAAGUGGCAUUUGGACACGUUGUUUAGAGUUUUUCUAAAGGCCGGCAAUUACCUUCGUGACGACACAGUAUCCAGCACUAUUCAGAUUAUAUCGGCCGCAGUCAGCUCUAGGCAAGCGUACGCGGCCAUGAGACUGUGGUGUUCGUUAGAAAGGUCCGCCGUGCAAGGAGACGCCACUGAGAAACAACCAUUAGUGCAGGUCGCCGCUUGGACCAUUGGGGAGUAUGGAGAUCUUCUCGUCUCGGAAGCUAGUGACGAAAUAUCGAUGGUCGACGAAGAUGGAGUCGACGAAUUCACUCGUCCCUCUGAAGAGUACGUGAUCGACAUCUAUCAGAAGUUGUUGUGGUCAACUCAGCUCUCGAUUACGACGAAGGAGUAUCUUUUGUUGUCUCUGGCCAAACUAUCAACUCGAUUCACCACGCAGCCCAGUCAGGAUAAAAUCCGCGUCAUAAUAGACACGUUCGGAUCUCACAUUCACAUCGAGCUGCAGCAGAGAGGAGUGGAGCUAUCACAACUCUAUAGACAGUACGGGCACCUGCGGCCGGCGCUGCUGGAGCGCAUGCCGGCCAUGGAGCCGCCCGCCGCGCGCGCCGACAGCGACGACGAGCGCGACGGCGGCGCGCGCGGCGCCGGCGCAGAGCCCGACCAGGACGCGUUGUUGGAUCUGAUCAUCGGAUCUGAUGCCCUGACGAACGGCGAUGUGGAACACAAUCCACAGCCCGCUACAGACAACAAUAAUACUAACGCAAACAUUCUAGACCUCCUGAGCGGGCUAGAUCUAUCUGAACCUCCGUCCGCGCCGGCGGCCGCCAACAACAACAACCCGCCCGCCAACCUGCUGGACGGACUGUUCGCCACGCAACCCACCCCCACACCAGCUCCAGAUUCUCCAAUAAUAUCCGUGGACGCGCUGGAGAAGAACGGCCUCAGCAUCGUGUUCUCCGUGGAGAAGGCGGGCAAGGACGCGGUGACGCUCACCAUGCGCGCCAGCUCCACCGCCGCGGCGACGCUGGCCGACUUCCUGUUCCAGGCCGCCGUGCCGCGGGCUUUCCGAUUAGACAUGAUGUCGCCGUCCGGCACCGUGCUGCUGCCGCAAGGCGUCAUCACGCAAGUGUUGAAGAUAACUAACCCCACGAGAGCUCCGCUCCGACUGAGAAUACGAGUGUCCUACAACAUCGACGGCAAUCCUGUGCUAGAGCAGGCGGAAGUUAACAACUUUCCCCCGGAUCUGUUCAACUGACGAGUGGCCAACCCGCCCGGCUACUGCCUCUAGCAACCACACCCAACGGCCCACACACUCACACAUGGAUACUCCUCGCCAAGCAAUACAGCCAUCAGUAUUGGAGUGAGGCAGACAGACUUUCAACAUUCCACUUUAUUAUUUAGAGCUAAGACGUUAAACGUUAAAAAUUAGGGCCCAAAAUGUGAGAUUGUAAAAUCUGUGGUGUGGAUAAAUCUACUUGUGUGCAAAAGAAAACACUGUUUUAAACAAAUUUUAAUAAAAAAACAAUUUUUAAGUACCAAUGCGUUAAGUAGAUUUUCUCUACCAUAGAGUCUUAAUAACUGGCCAUAAAAAUAAAAAUAGUUUUUGGCGCGAAAGAACCUUUUUGGGUAAUAAGAGGUUGUGACGUUAAAUUUCGUAAGAAAUUGCCUGAGAAGACUUUAGACACUAUCUUCGACACAAUUGUAAAUAACAUAGUAAUUUAAGAAUCAUUAAAUACCUUAAACUGACUGCGUGGUCCUAUAUCUCGUUUCAAAUUUAAGAUGGGAUUUUAAUCGCAAAUUUUUGAUACAUGUUAAAAUAUAUUGAUACAUUACUAUUACUAUCGUCUUAUAUCUAUUUUUUUUUCCAAAUUUUCACCAUAUGUAGCUAUAUACUUCAUCAUUUAUCCUCGACCAAUCCACGCCUUGUUUAUUUUAAAAACUAAAUGUAAUUCCUUCCCAUGAGAAAACUCCUUAUAUUCAUAUUCAUUUCUUUUGACGGUAAAAAAAACAUCGGGUAUUUUUAUGGUCAGUUAUUGUUUUUUAUUUGAAAUUGACUAUUGAUGAUCACUUAGCAUAUGCUUUUAGUGAAGCACUUAUAAUCUAUAUAAAAUGCAGCCUAAUUGUUUUUAUUUACAGUUUGCGACACAGUAUUAGGAUAUUUGUACCAAAAUUACCUAAAACUGUUACAAUAUGUUAUAAAUAUUUAUAAACAGUUAAAUAAUAAGAAAUAGUUUUACUUUCGGUGAUAUUUUAUGAACUUUUUAAGUGUAUCUUCUCCUUUUCAAAGAAAAAGAAAGCAAAAAAGCUAUACACACCACCAGAAGGCUUGCAAACUUCUGGGUGUCGAUUCACGAACGUUGAUAAGUAAUAUGUCUUCCCUCUUUUUCUAACUCUACGGUUAACCUCAAAAAUAGACAGAGAGGGAAGUGACACCAAGGGCUGGUCCGUUAUCAACAUCCUAUCUUUAUUGACCAAAAGUGCAGGUAGUUCUUGACUUUUAACUUUUUUAUGUAAUAAAAUGUGGUUUUAUCUGAAAAUUCUCGCAAGACUCCUUCGUAUUGUGUCGUCCAAGGCUUAUGUAAAUAAAUUGAGAUUGCGAUAUGUAAUAUAAACAUGUAUAGAAUGAUGUUCAAACGGCUGUAAGGAUUGUACUUAAUAAUGAUUAAAAUCACUAUGAUGAAGUGUGAUAACAGCACUUAGUAAUACGUCGAGAUAUAUUUGUGGAUAUGUAGUCACGGUUCGAUAUUGAUUUCGCCCGUUACUGCUGUGUUGAAAUCCUAGGUAAUCAAUUCUUGAAAGUACUAUUUUAUCUUUAUUUGAAGCGAAAAUGAAAUUGAAGGAAGAAAUUUAAGAUAUCCAUUCCUAAUAUAGUAAAUGUGAAAGUAACUCUACUUACGCGUUCACGCCUAAACUUCUGAAUCGAUUAUGAUUGUUUUCUCGCGGAAUCCCACACGAGCAGAGUCGAGAACAAAAGCUUGUAUCAAACAUAUUUUGAAUUGUUGAAAAAUGAGUUGCUAUGGAUUUCCACAUUGACAGUAACGGUAUUUUAUUAAUUAAUUUAAAGAACCCACAUUAUGUAACUAGUUUGGUAUAAAAACGUUAUUCCCUAUGCAUUUGGUUAAGAGUAGUUAUUUGUGUAUGAGAUUUGUUGCUUAUCCCAUGGGCGAUAUAUUACAAUAUUCGGCAUGUAAGUUGACCUAUGCUCAAUAGCGAAAAUCAAGGUAAGGUAUGACUGGACAACGGACAACGCUAUUUUAAGUCAAUUUAUAUUUCGGAUAUUGUAUGUGGGACCCAUAAUAAUAUUUUACAUUUACACAUGUAAAUAUUUAUAUGAACUGCUACGUACAUCUUUUUGAAAUCAACUAGGAUUAAUUCACUUGGUAUAUCCCAAUUUUCGUAUUUUAUAACUUUUAACACUUAGUAAGUUAGUUUUAUUUUUAUUUCUAUCCUACUUAUUUAUGUUUAGGUUAUUAACCAGCACAUUAUAAAUGCUGUCUAAGGGUGUCAAUAGUGAACAUUUAUCUGCACAUACAUUUGUUUAGCUUUUACUCGCGAAUUUGUAUCGUUUUAUUCUGUUUUUACUGUUCUCGUGGAAAUUCCGAAAAAUCUUUUCUUUGUAUUUCCCAAACUUACCAAUUACAUACUGUUAAAAAAUAAUUAAAUUUAUCGCAUUUAUGCUUGCUCAGCAUAUUGAUUGACGAUCAUCAGGACAUGUCCACUUGAUUGUAACCAGCCUUCUUAAUGCUAACUGAACUGUGAAAUCCGGGCGUCAUUAAAUGACACAGGUAUCAGGAUUUUUUUGGUGUUAAGCAAUAUUGUCAUCGGAUUUUGUUUUAGUGGGUAUUUUUGGACAUUUCCUCAUUGUCCAAUGUUAAAUUAUAUGUAAUUCUAUUAUAUCACUAAAAAUGCAAAGUUCACUAUUGACACCUCAGAACAGUUGGUUGAAGAGGUUUAUGUAAAUUUAGAUACGAUAAAAUUUAAAAAACACCCACAGAAUAGUUAAUGCACGGCACUGCAAAGUUUAAUAGAUUGUUGUGACCGCUGCCUGCAAUUGUGAAAGGUAAUUUUAUUUUUCAGUAUAUAAAGAGCUUCGCAAAGAUAUAUAUAUCGUAAUUUUGGUGCUUGUUUCAUUAUAAAAUAUCUGAUUAAAUAGAAGGCCCUCCACAACGUGAGAUUUAUGAUUUUGUGUAUAACUAAAGCUAUGUGAAAGAUGUACAUAAUGAUUAUAAUGAUUUUAUGUAAAUUGGUUAAUAAAUAUUUGAGAAUGUUUAUAUAAUCAAUAA